CGAGGCCUUUGCGCUGCAACUCCAACCAUCGUACACGGCUAGCUACUCUCCGCGCGUGUUCCUCGCUGUCUGACGCGUUCUGCGACGAGAGAAAGAAGUGCCUCCUUUACUGUGCUGUGGUUACGCGUCGGAAUUGCUCUCUUCCCCUCUCAAAGACCUCUACAUCUGCCAUCCACUCGGUGUGAAAACGACCAUGUCCCAACAAACAUCAGCAUCGCCAGUCAAGCGAGUGACUGCGUCCAUCACGCCUCACCGCUCGGAGGCGAUUGUGCGCGUACGCGCCAACGCUAUGGCCUUCUCGGCGCUUCUGAUAUUGACGUGGUUGCUCCCUGUCCCCUCGCUUACUGUGGCAACAAGUCGACUGGCGCAACACUGGUAUGAAGGAGGGGGCCUGCUACAGCUGGGAGAACCGCAGUUGUUGCUAUGUACUCUUGAAUCACUCGCUGCUACCAUCUUUGCGGUGAACCUGCUACAAGGGUUCUACGCGAUCAAGUUCCCCCGCAAAGCCCCUCCUCCACCUCCAGAAUCGGCAAGGAAGCAGAUGCCUUUCAAAUCCCCUCCACCAAGUGUGAAGCGCCCUUUCAAGGACCUCACACCGAAGUCUACCCCGCAAAAGCAACGCCCAUUUUCCGCCAGCGCAAAUGGCACACCAUUAGGGGCAAGUUCGUCGCUCGCAUCGCUGUCGGUGACGUCGCCAAGCAAAUACCCUCCCUCGCCGGUGUCGACGCCAUCGCGAGUGCUGCAAUACUCGGUCCCAGAGUCGCUGUCUUCGACUUCGUCGACGUUGCCACCGACACCGAGCCCGAUCAUGAGCGAGUAUAGGAAUAAGCAGCGUUCUGUGUACGGACGUCCUAUCGACGCAUCGUUCUUGCUUUCGCAGGUCGCGCCAGACGAUGAUUAGCCUGCCUGGAUGCAGGUUCUGUUACGCCUCAUUAUGAUUAUUGCUACGUUGCAUAUGCUGUUGCUAUCUCGGUCUGUCUCGGGCGUAUAUGUAGAAAGUAAUGCAUCGAACGAUCUCUCCUGAACAUGCUGUACCCUUCUCUCAAACGUAACCGUCAGUAGUGGAGAUCAAUUGUGGCC